AUGCAAUCUUCACCAUCAACUGGACAUAUAAAUUUUAUUAGUGGAACAAUUGAUAUCUUCAACCAGCAACCACCUCAGCAAAUGCCUCAGCAAUUUACUCCAGCUAGACACGUAAACAUAAUGCAACCUCCACCACAUCAACAGCAAUUACCUCGACAACUUUCAGCUGUACAUAUAGAUUUUCUUACUGGGACAAUUAAUAUCUUCAAUCAACAACCACCUCCGCAACCAACUCAGCAACCGCUUCAGCAAUUGUCUCCAGCUAGACAUGUGAACAUAAUGCAACCUCCGCCACAUCAACAACAAUUACCUCGACAACUUUCAGCUGUACAUAUAGAUUUUCUUACUGGGACAACUAAUAUUUUCAAUCAACAACCUCAGCAACUGCCUCCAGCUGGACAUGCAAAUUUAACGCAAGAGUUUAUAACCGGAACCACUGAUAUAUUUAGCUAA